AUCUUGAGAUUCGAGUUACCGACAAUUACCGAGGUUCCACUGUGAUUAUUUGAUGCUAGAUGACGACACACGAUCACAAUUAUAAGUUAGGUUAAGUUAUCACUUGAAUCGUAUCAGUAAUAACUAGUGUCAGUACCUUGUCGUUUAUGUGUGAUAUUUAAUGAUAUCCUGGCAUUGAUUCAAAAAUUCACGCAUAUUUUAUUUUUCUGAUAUUAUUAUAUAUUAGUAUAAAUAGCAAUGACAGAAAUAAUCGAGUUACGUCCUAAUAAAAGUUUGAUAAACUCAUCUUUUGAAAAAUAUCAAUUUUCCAAUGAGAUUGUACCUAUAAUCUUUGAAAAUAAGUUAAAGAAUCAUGUAUACAGACUAGAGCCAAAUCAUAAUCAAGAAUCCUGGCUGGAAGCAAGGCUCUUCGCUUUUCAUAAUCAUUUAUUUAACAACGUCUAUGAUAUGUCAUGCUGGUUUGUCGACGAAGCUUCUACUGUUUGGCGUCUGGAUGAAGACGGUUCCCUAGAUGAAGUGUACAAGUUACAUAUAGAUGCAUCGAAAGUAACAUACAAUCCAUCAAUCGGAUUUACGUCGGAUAAUAUUGUGGCAAUUUCUGAUGGUGGUGGAAACCUGCAUAUAUUGAUGGGAUAUCUGGAAGAAGAUAGGAAGGUCUUUUCAGUGCCUCCUGAGGAACCUGGAAUCAUCAUGAAUGUUCAAUAUAUGGAAAAGAGCUCAAAACUUAUUUUAACCAUGUGCGCUAUUGCUGUGGAUGAUAAUCAGAAGAAAUAUACGCAGCUCAUAUUAUUGUCGUACGAGUUGCAUGUGGAAAAUGAAAUGACGAAGAUUAGUAAUACAGGUAAACAAAUAUUGAAGGUACAAGGCACCGUAGACUAUGCCUAUGUGGAGGACAAUGGAAAUUACUUGCAUUCCAUUUGUCAGGACGAUAUUGGUUUCGAGAGUGAAAACGCGCAAGAAUCUAAAGCCGUAGCAGAUCAACCGAGCGUCAGUUCGCAAAUAAAGAUUCCUAAGUAUUAUUGGUCGCAAGACGAAGAAUCGCUAACCGUUUGGAUCAAAGUACCGAAGUGGCAUGGCAAUAAACAACCUAAAAUAAGCGUCAAGCCGUUGGAAUUGUCUGUUACAAUAGACAAUGAGAUAUUGAUACAAGGGAAAUGCCAACAUAGAUUGGAAGAGAAUGCGGUAACCUGGAGACAGAAAGAAGACACGUUGCAAAUUGAUCUAAGUAAAUAUGAAAGUGGAUUAAUGUGGAGUGAAUUAAUCAAAGGCGAUACAGGAGGCGAAUGUUUACCCAAUGAGGCUCUUGCUGCAGAAAUACAUGCAAGGCUAGCACAUUUAUGUACGGAUCAACAAAAUAGCAGUGCCGGUGGGGAUCAACCUUGCGUGGGAUUCAAUGCUGAACAAUUAGAAGAGUGCGAUCUGGAGGGAAAAGAUAACUUUUUACAAAGGAUUAAUCUUCUUACUCGGAUGACCACGCAUCUAGCCAGAUUGGGAAGCAAUAAUCACAUGUUGUUCACAUACAAAAGAAAACAUAAGCAAGUGGUGUGCCUAAGAUACGAUCAUGAUGCUUGCGUCUGGGAAACGGGUAAUGGGGAAGAUAAUGCUCAGUGGAACCUGCAACACGUCCACAGCUUUCCUGGAUUGGGCUAUGUCGAAGCUAGCAAAACCAAUAAAAAAUUUUGUGUAUCUCCAAUUGAUGGUUCAUACAUAGCUAUAGUGGAACACACGAGACAUGUCUUUUUAUACGACAGGCCGGAUGUCGGAGCAAAGUUUGCCAAACAGAGAAUCGUGGACCUUGACUGUCAAGCUUCCCCUAUUAUGGGCGUCGUUGCCACAAACAAAUAUCUGACUGUACUUUCGAAGGAUAAAUUAUAUCGCUUACAAAUCCAUACGUGAUAAUUUUGCUAUCAAUUAUUAUCAGGAUAAAUAAAGAAUUACAUGUUUUUUAUAA